CUCACGGAUCCAUCGGUCUGGUAGGCUUUUUUCUACUUGUCGCAAUGCUGGGUUCUCCAGGUCUUUGAUUUUCACGUGACGAUGUCACGAGACUCGGAGCCCCUGUUCACUGAAUGUUGUGGCCAUAGAAUAGACGAGUCGAACCCUAGCGUCUACUCGUCAGUCUCUCCACGAUACUAUCGUACCAGCCACGUCAGCACAUAAUUAGUAUCUCAUUCUUUGGGGAGUGUCACGGUUGCGAGUGGUAAGCGUGUAGAUUUUCUCGCAUUGCGAUGAAAGAACCACGCGCAUUGUGCGUCUUACGCGAUAACGGCGGCCCCGCUAGCAGCGACGAAAGCAGCUGCGAUGACGAACCGGGCAGGAGAUCCGCCAAUAAGAGCUGCGCGGCGGUCACGUGCUACAGCCUGCCCCGGCUGUUCGAUCGACGGCUGAGAUCGCGGCGGAAACGGCAGACCGCUAAACCCACAGACUUUGGCCGUUCGAUCAAUCGCCGGGGUCUCUUUUCUCCUCGCGACGAUGCGGCGAAGCGAGGAAUCCGAUUCUACGUUGCGCAUAAGGACCUGGCGGAUGAGGAGGAGGAGGAGGAGGAGGAGGAGUUGCGGGGCGACGUGGAAAAGGAGAAAGGAGAGUUGGAAAACGUCGGAAGCUUGGAGGAGAGCGUCGCUAACGCGGAAGUUAGGCUGACAGGAGCACUGACGAAAGGCACACGUGGCAAGAAAGAAAGCCCCAGCGACAAGACCGAACCGUCAACCAAACCCUCCCUCGAACUCUCCGCAGCACUCUCAGUCGCUCCCACCGCUGCGCCCAUCACCUUCCCCGUCUCCCCGCAAUCCGACGUCUCCAGCGGCAGCGGCGCAUCACCGUUCGAUUCAGAGUCCCCGCGCCCAUCGCCGACGUCCAUCUUCAGCCUCUUGCGCCUCUCGUCGGACUCGGACCGCUCGCUCCAAGUCGCCUCCCCGACGGGAAUCGACGCUUCCCCGUCCGCACGAGGCGACGCCCCGUCCGCCACCGCGGCAAUCGCGGGGAUGCGUCUCGUGGCUCCGAGAUUAGACAUGCCGGAAGCGGCGGCGGAUCUCGAGCAGGCCAUUGUCGGGCAGCUGAAUUUUAGUAGCAGUGGCGUCAGUGGCGGCAGUGGCGGCAGUGGCGGCAGUGGUGGCAGUGGCGGCAGUGGCGGCAGUGACGGCAGUGACGGCAGUGGCGGCAGUGACCGCAGUGGCUGUAGUGGCGGUGGCGGCCGUCAGUCCGCUUCGCAUUGCGAGUCUAGUAGCUGCUCCGACUCUGCCGAUAUCGGCGUCCCCAUAGCGCAGCCAUGCACAGUCACGGACGAGCACGUGGCCAGCGUCAUUCCAUCCGGCCAUGGCGCUAGUAGAUCGACGGUCAGAGGUGAGAGCUGCUCUGACGGCUCGAGCUGCUCUGACGGCGUUCCGAUCGCCCAUCCACUCGUUGCCGACGGAGCAACGUCCCCGCUUGACGACUUGUCGGACCCGUGGCGGAUCACUCGCAGCUUCAGCGAGAGAUGCGGGGGGAGUAGCGCCAUUGGAAGCGGCGCGAAGGCCAACAGGUGGCGCGCUGCCGCUCGCCUCAGCGCCGAUUUCGGCGCCUGUCCAAUCGACUCCUCGCAGCUUCUGCGCACACCGGACGUGCCCAGGGGGGGGGAUGGCUUGUGCGGCACUCAGAUAGCCCAACGACGCACAUCGACCCUCCCCGAACGAGGCGCCCUAGAUCGCAAUGUACGCCGACAAAUGCGCCCCAUACGACACGUGUCCUCGUCGCCCGCGCUUCGAGUCCUCCCGCGAAUUGCGAGCGAGGGGGCGAACCGACGGGAGAGGGGCGAAGGCGGAGCGGGCCGACGCGACGGGAGUGGGUCACUCCCACGGGUUGGGGGGCGAGAGGGCGGGGGGGAGACGCGAGUGGCGGACGCGGCAUUGAGGCUUCUGGCCGCGGGGGCAGGGGGGUCGAGCGCGGGCAUGAUGGCUGGCGGAGUCGAUGGGGAGCGGACGGUUCCGCGCGUGCGAAGUGCAAAGGUUGUUUUUCCGUUUCGUGAAGGUCAAACGACGAGCGUGGGACAGGACGCAGGUGUUUCGCCACCUCGAGCUGGUUACCGUCCAGCCUCCCCUCGCAUCCUUCGCAGAACCUCGCGAAAAUCAUUUCAUGAAGCCCCAGUGAGGCGAAGUCUCUCGUCAUGCACCCUCAAAAGCGCGUCCUGCAGUGUUCCUGGCAACGCGCUGAGCCGCCACAGGAGAAGUGCCAGCGAGGCAAUGGGGCGAGGUGGUAUGGAUGGCAGACUAUCGGUGGGGGGCGGUGCUGGAGAGGAUUGCAAGGAGAAAGCGAGUAGCGGUGGUGUGGGUGCUCUGAUCAUGGCUGAAUCCUCUGCCACCCCUCCGAGCCAUCGUGCGCCCUCCAAGCAGCGCCGUCCCAUCAGCCCGUCUGGGCAACAGAAGGCUGGCUGCCCCGGAGGGCAUACUGUGAGGGUGAAGAGGCCGGUCAUUCUCUUUGACUGCUUGGACGAAGAGGACGAGGGGAAAGAGGAAGCAGAGGGCAUUGGAGGCUGCGUCUCAGGCAACCUUGCGACCGACGUGCGAGGUGCUAGCACAAAUUCUGCUGGUCAGGUUUCCCAGCAACAGGAGCAGCAGCCGUUGCUGCUGCAAUGCAAGCUGACGAAAGGGCAUGAUAUCUUGCUAAGGCCUCCCACACCUUAUUGCCGCGUUCAAUCUCCCUGGGAUGAUGGUGAUGGCCCCUCUGCUUGCCCCAUGCCACUCCGCCACAGCCAGGCACCAGCUUCACCGGCUCAUAUGGCGCUUCAAGCCUCUAGCCAAGCCUCUGACACCUCUGGGGCUUUACAGAGUAGCAUGCAACCAUCAGGACAAGCGAAAGGAGAAGGCAUGGAGACAAGACAAGUGAGACUGAAGAAUGCAAGUGAGCGACGGGUCUCAUUCAGUAAGGUGGUCCGAGUCAGGAGGAUAAUAACAGAUUGUCAAGGGCAGAAAGGGUAGCCAUUAAAGGGAAUCAAGGAAAGCAAAUGUGAUUGACAAUUCUUUCCUUGCUUUAUUAUGUAGCAUAAAUUGAGACGUUUGUUACUUGCUGGACAACCCACCAGUGCGGGUGUUGGACUGCAGCGA